AUGCCUACAAAUUUGUGGCAGUUCAUGGUUUGGGGGAGGUGUAGGCAUCGAAGAUUCAGUGCAGUCGCAACUACCUUUCUCGCUGUCUUUACAAUCCUGAUGCUUUUUCCUCAACGUCUUCCACAUGCAGGGCUUUGUACAUUCGAAUCUGGUAAAUAUGCAGCUCUGUCAAUCGGACUUAUCCUUCCCGUCACAGCUAUCCCGAAAAUUGAGCUUCUUGAGGUUCUCUUUGCAGCAAACCACAGUUUAGCGAACGACUAUGGGGUCUCUUACGAACCAUAUGGUAUGUAUAUGGAGUCAGGCGAGCCCUAUUCCGAGCCGCUGCUAGUUGAUGCAGCAGAUUCUGGGUCUAUUCACAUCGUAUAUCACCACUGCCCUUAUACAGAUGCAGCACUGCGUGGUUGGAGGUUCGAAGGCAACCAAUUCAUCACUGCAAACCCUGGGGAGACUCCGUUGCUGCUCAGUAGGAGGGAAAAAAUGUGCGUUGCUAGGCGUGUGGAGAUUCGCAGCGACGGAGAGCAGGAGGGGUCGGAGCUGACUUUAACUGCCGGUGAUCGACAAGAGCCGCGCUUUUUUGGCUAUAGGGUGGAUGAACAAGGUUACAUAGCUUAUUUUGUUGCAUUUACACGCAUGUUGCCUUCUGCAUGCGUUAACUUACAGUGCUGUGUCGCCAACUCAAAUUUGCCAUGCGAAAUAGUCUUCUACGAUGUGCGCGCUCCAGAAAAGCUGUCGCUCUUUGAGAAGGUCGUUGGCAGUCCAAGUGUUAACCUUAGUCACGAUUGUCCUCUGUGCCUCCAUUAUGGCGGAGAAGAUGGGGUGCCGCUUGAGUAUUUCACUUCCAUUGAAGAGUACCAGCUUUCUCAAGACUGUCCGAAUCUUAAGCCACACACGUACGGAGAUUCGUUUGUGUUUCUGGGGCCAGGGACUGAUGGAAGCCGUGUCCACAAGCACUUCGCCAUUGGUUCGCUCAGCAACACAUUGCAGAUAAGGGAGUUUGGUAGGAUGACUCAAGUUUCAGUGCAAUACCCUAACAACCUGUGGCUUUCACGAGCGGGAGCCUACCAUGAGAAUUUUUAUCCGCCUGAAGCGAUGAGAAGCUACUACAUUGUUCGGGGGGCUGAGUACACGCGUGCGGAUGAGAGUAGGGAAAAACUUCAACAGGUGCUAUUCUACUACGAUUCUUUGUCCAAUGCACAAGAGAACAAGGGGUCAUCGUUUAUAUCGAAUCUUAAAAAGCCUGAGGUGGCGAACACCAAAAUUCCCGACGCCAUCUUCGCUGAGCACCCUAUUGCUAACGAUGUGACGUACUUCCACAGUAAUCCCGUAGAAAGUGAAUUUAGGUUCGUUGCUGGAGGAGGCUUCAAACUUCCAUCUGUCAAGUUUGCCAGCCCUGCCACAAUCAAAGGCUUCUGCGCUGCGCCGCUGUUCUAUGAUCAGUGGGCAGUUUUCCUUGCUCUCGAAGAGACAGCUUCACAAUCUACACAGCAGCGGCAGAAGCCAUCGCCCACAGCGCGAAGCGACGAUGCUUCUUGGGAAACAACUCCCCUUCCUUGGUGGGACGAUACAGCACUUCCCGAGUUCUCCAAAGCGCGUCGGGGGCAGUUGCUCUACAUGCAGGUCCCCAUCUCUGGUAGUCGUUCGUACAACGAAAUGACACUAAGAGUCUUCAAUGCGGACUCGUACCGUUCAUUUCACUGUUCUGCUGCGGGCAGUACUUCGGUGCUGCUGCUGCACCAUGACACAGUGAACCACAUUCUCCACGUAGAAGAACGACUGAGAGACGGGUCUCUAAUAGAGGAGUCGCAGAUUGAAAUAAGGCGCGUCUUGCAUGGUUCCCUGUUGCCAACCAGGACAGUGACAUCUCUACAGAAAGCUCCAGACUCAGUAAUCUGGAUUAACUUGUUGACGACGAAAAGGUUCUCGGUGGACGAAAGUUUUUACUACGUCCCGGCAGAACUCCCAGGAAGGAUUGCUUCUGUACAAAGGGCCACCGGAUUCUACACAGAUGGCGAUUGUCUUGGAGAGUGGUCACCUUCAUUAUCGACAGCGAAUUGUUCGGAGUUCUGCGUCUCUCUUCAUGCGUACCAAGUAAAGGUUGCUUCCCGCGGGGGCUCUGCUUGCGCUUUUCAGGCCGGCGUUGAGCUGGCCAAGCACUGCCUCGAGUCUCCAUGCAGUCGUGUUGAUAUUGGGAAUAUCCUCAUCAACAGGCAGCCCGUCAACGCAGACGGAGAACCAGAUGCAGCCUCUGCAAGCAUGAAAAAUGGCACACUAUCUCUACAUACGCAGAUAUCUGGGCCCUCCGCGACAUUAAAAUUUGCUGGACGCUUGCCUGAGGAACUUACGCCGCAGCUGGAUGAACAAAUGUUGAGAUCUUUUGAUAAAUUGGGGAAUUCUGAGAGUCCUGAGAUACAGCUGUGGCAAGAUGGGUUGCUGGAUACCUCAACGCAAAUCCAACUCGGAGCAAACGGGGAAGCAUUAGUAACUGUCGAGCUCAAAAGUGUCAUAGAUUUGUGGCAUAUACGCUUGGCAUUUGUAUCCGUAGCAGGUACAGAAGCAGCUCAAGUUGCUUCUUUCAACUUUUCACUGUCAGUUGUCGAUGACAGUGGAGAGGAUAUCCAUACAUGGGAAACAAGUGUACCUCCAUCCCCAGCUGCGCAAAGCGUGUGGGAGGCGAUGGAUUUGCGGUUGUACCGGGCUAAAACAAUAUCCAUAAAGGCAACGCAGCCGUUUCGAAUUGCAGAGUUUCAAGUAUUUGGCAUGCCUUUGGAAACCUGUCCUCCAGGAGGCUUCUUGGGUCCUUCCAGCUGUAGUGUGCCAGUUGUACAGAGGCUUACAUCUCACUUGAGCCUCGACUGUCAAGGAGCGUGGAGCGAGUGGACGGCGUUCAUGCAAGUAUACCAAACGGAAAAGGAAGGGGGAAUUCCCUGCGAGUUUUUCCAGCAUGAGCCUUGCGCAGAUGGGCUAUGCAACUCCGUUUUUGGAGUAAGCCUUUUAAGAGCCGAAGACUGCUAUCCGUCUCCGUCUCGCUGGUCGGAGUGUAUCGGGUGCAGACAAAUGCGUGUGUGGCAUAUACUUCGUGCCGCCGCUGCGGAAGGAAAACCUUGCCCAUCUAGCAUUUUCGAGACCCGCACUUGCACGAGCGGUGAGGGCUGUGAAGUCAGCCUCGUUACCUUCCCUGUGCCGCCAGACCAACCAGCCACUGACGACGACGGUGCGUCAAACGAAAAUGACCUCAUGCGCCCGAUUGGUGGAGUUUUUUUAUUGGCAGCUGUUGGUUGUGUCCUAUUACUAUUAGCGGGUCUUGAGAUGUGGAGACGUUGGGGCACAUCCAUGGCUGCCUAUAGAGAAGUAAUCAAUAUGCAGCGUCAGAGAGACCUAAUGGCAGCACGCGAGCAGAUGAUUAAGUACAAGAAAAUGAUCCAAGAGUACAAGGAUCAGGUUGAGAGAGAGGAGGGGAAAGAUGCUUCUCAAGAAGAAGCCUUGGAGCAAUUGGAUUCGUUGUUAAUGCAGCAUGUCGUAACCGACACUGCAGAAGAAGAACAGACUUUGAAAAGUGGAAGUGGCACCCAUACUCACGAGAAUUCCGACAACAUUGGUGCUUUAACUGGGAGAGAAGGCACUAAGGAUGAUGGCAGUAUUGAUCUGACAAAGUUAGAGAGCCAGGAAGCUGAGCAACCUUUAUAG